CGAGCGGGAGGCGCCGUCGGCGCGUCUGGGCUGCCUCGCAGGGAGGGAGGGGGCGGCCGGCCGCCCGGCGGCGACCCCGGGCCCCGGCCGCCACCAUGGGCUUCGAGCUGGACCGCUUCGACGGCGACGUGGACCCGGACCUGAAGUGCGCGCUGUGCCACAAGGUCCUGGAAGACCCGCUGACCACGCCGUGCGGCCACGUCUUUUGCGCCGGCUGCGUGUUGCCCUGGGUGGUGCAGGAGGGUAGCUGCCCGGCGCGCUGCCGCGGUCGCCUGUCGGCCAAGGAGCUCAACCACGUCCUGCCGCUCAAGCGACUCAUCCUCAAGCUGGACAUCAAGUGCGCGCACGCCGCGCGCGGCUGCGGCCGGGUGGUCAAGCUGCAGCAGCUGCCAGAGCACCUCGAGCGCUGCGACUUCGCGCCCGCGCGCUGCCGCCACGCGGGCUGCGGCCAGGUGCUGCUGCGGCGCGACGUGGAGGCGCACAUGCGCGACGCGUGCGACGCGCGGCCGGUGGGCCGCUGCCAGGAGGGCUGCGGGCUGCCGCUGACGCACGGCGAGCAGCGCGCGGGCGGCCACUGCUGCGCCAGGGCCCUGCGGGCGCACAACGGCGCGCUGCAGGCCCGCCUGGGCGCGCUGCACAAGGCGCUCAAGAAGGAGGCGCUGCGCGCCGGCAAGCGCGAGAAGUCGCUGGUGGCGCAGCUGGCCGCGGCGCAGCUGGAGCUGCAGAUGACCGCCCUACGCUACCAAAAGAAGUUCACGGAGUACAGCGCGCGCCUCGACUCGCUCAGCCGCUGCGUGGCCGCGCCCCCCGGCGGCAAGGGUGAAGAAACCAAAAGUCUGACUCUUGUCCUACAUCGAGACUCCGGCUCCCUGGGAUUCAAUAUUAUUGGUGGCCGGCCUUGCGUGGACAACCAGGAUGGAUCAUCGAGUGAAGGAAUCUUUGUAUCCAAAAUAGUUGACAGUGGGCCCGCAGCCAAGGAUGGAGGCCUGCAAAUUCAUGACAGGAUUAUUGAGGUCAACGGCAAAGACUUAUCCAGAGCAACCCAUGACCAGGCUGUGGAGGCUUUCAAGACGGCCAAAGAGCCCAUCGUGGUGCAGGUGCUGAGGAGAACGCCACGGACCAAAAUGUUCACGCCUCCGUCCGAGUCACAGCUCGUGGACACGGGAACCCAAACCGACAUCACCUUCGAGCACAUCAUGGCGCUCACCAAGAUGUCCUCUCCCAACCCACCUGUGUUGGAUCCCUAUCUCCUGCCCGAGGAGCAUCCCUCAGCCCACGAGUACUAUGACCCCAAUGACUACAUUGGAGGCAUCCAUCAGGACAUGGACAGGGAAGAGCUGGAGUUGGAGGAAGUAGAUCUCUACAGAAUCAACAGCCAGGACAAACUGGGCCUCACCGUGUGCUACCGGACAGAUGAUGAAGACGACAUUGGGAUUUAUAUAAGUGAGAUCGACCCUAACAGCAUCGCGGCCAAGGAUGGGCGCAUCCGAGAAGGAGACCGUAUUAUCCAGAUUAAUGGGAUAGAGGUACAGAACCGUGAAGAGGCUGUGGCUCUUCUAACCAGUGAAGAAAACAAGAACUUUUCUUUGCUGAUUGCAAGGCCUGAACUCCAGCUGGACGAGGGCUGGAUGGACGAUGACCGCAAUGACUUCCUGGACCACCUGCACAUGGACAUGCUUGAGGAGCAGCACCAGCAGGCCAUGCAGUUCACGGCCAGCAUGCUGCAGCAGAAGAAGCAUGAAGAAGACGGGGGAACCACAGACACGGCCACCAUCCUGUCCAAUCAGCAUGAGAAGGACAGCGGCGUGGGGCGGACAGAUGAGAGCACGCGCAACGACGAGAGCUCGGAGCAGGAGAACGCCGACGACGCCACCGUUUCGUCCGCCCCGCUGGCCGCGCAGAGGAAGCUCACGUGCAGCCAGGACACGCUGGGCAGCGGCGACCUGCCCUUCAGCAGCGAGUCCUUCCUGUCGGCGGACUGCGCCGACGCCGACUACCUGGGCAUCCCCGCAGACGAGUGCGAGCGCUUCCGGGAGCUCCUGGAGCUGAAGUGCCAGGCCAAGAGCGGCAGCCCCUACGGCCUGUACUGCGCCAGCAGCCCCCUGGACGCCAGCAAGAGCGACCCCGAGAGCGUGGACAAGGAGCUGGAGUUGCUGAACGAGGAGCUGCGCAGCAUCGAGCUGGAGUGCCUGAGCAUCGUGCGCGCGCACAGAAUGCAGCAGCUCCGCGAGCAGUACCGCGAGUCGUGGAUGCUGCACAACAGCGGCUUCCGCAACUACAACACGAGCGUCGACGUCCGCCGGCACGAGCUGUCCGACAUCACCGAGCUGCCCGAGAAAUCCGACAAGGACAGCUCGAGCGCCUACAACACGGGGGAGAGCUGCCGCAGCACGCCGCUCACCUUGGAGAUGUCCCCGGACAACUCCUUGCGGAGGGCGGCCGAGGGCGGCGGCGGCGAGGGGGCCGCGGGCAGCGCGGAAGCGUUCGGGCCGUCCCCGAAGAACCUGCUGGCCAUCACCGAAGACCCCGAGCUGGGCGGCGCCGGCUACAGCCCCCCCACCCCUCCCCCUCCUCCUCCUCCUCCCCCUCCUCCUCCUCCUCCUCGGGAGCUGGCGCCCAGCCCGGCCCCCGAGAGCAGGGAGCGGCGGCCCAGCGACGACAGCGGCAGCCCCGGCCCCAAGCUGGCCGGCUCCUACCUGCCGCCCUUCCCCCACUCGCCCUACAAACACGCCCACAUCCCGGCGCACGCGCAGCACUACCAGAGCUACAUGCAGCUGAUCCAGCAGAAGUCGGCCGUGGAGUACGCGCAGAGCCAGAUGAGCCUGGUGAGCAUGUGCAAAGAUCUGAACGCGGCCGGCGCGGCCGAGGCCCGGCUGGAGUGGAAGGUCAAGGUGCGCAGCGACGGCACGCGCUACAUCACCAAGCGGCCCGUGCGCGACCGCCUGCUGCGGGAGCGCGCGCUCAAGAUCCGCGAGGAGCGCAGCGGCAUGACCACGGACGACGACGCGGUGAGCGAGCUCAAGCUGGGGCGCUACUGGAGCAAAGAGGAGAGGAAGCAGCACGUGGUGAAGGCCAAGGAGCAGCGGCGCAGGCGCGAGUUCAUGAUGCAGAGCAGGCUGGAUUGCCUGAGGGAGCAGCAGGCGGCCGACGACAGGAAGGAGAUGAACAUCCUGGAACUGAGCCACAAAAAGAUGAUGAAGAAGAGGAACAAAAAGAUAUUUGACAAUUGGAUGACGAUCCAGGAACUCUUAACCCACGGCACCAAAUCCCCUGAUGGCACGAGAGUAUACAACUCCUUCCUGUCCGUGACUACUGUAUAAUUUUCACUUCUGCGUUGUGUACAUAAACGAGAACGCUACCGUUGGGGUAGAAAUUCCUGCCUCGUUCAAUGCGGCAAGUUUUUGUAUAUAAGAGAAAUACGGUCAUCCUGUUUAUAGUCCAGAUUGACCAGCUCUGCAACUAGCUCUAUUUUAAAUGGAGAAACACCACCGGUAACCAAGGCAAUAUUAACAAACAGAGCUUUUUUCAAAGAGCAAAUUGUACUUUUUUACUUGCUACCUUUUACAUAAAGUGUUUAAAUUUCAAAAAGAUCUUUUAUUAAGCAUACUUUCACAGAAUAAUUUGUUUAAACUAUAUUCAUACAAAAAAGUUAAACACGCUUUUUUUUUCCUGCCGAAAACACAGGUACGACCGCCAGUAUGUAUUUUUAAGGGAACCCUAUUUUAUAAUUGUUACUUUGUUGGAUGUGUUUCAUAUGAGUGACCAGUAAUAUAUGAUUUAGGUCAAGGCUUCAACUCCAAACUACCCAACUCUGUGGUUAAUGAUUUAAUAUACAUAACCACACCAGCAGUGCUUAGAGUUGGGAUACACAUUUAAACAUUUUUCUGGUUAAAGUUCCCAAGAGUGUGUAAAGGUUUGAACAGAAAGCCAAAUACCGUGCAGCUUUAUGGAAGUUUAAAGCAUGUUUGCAAAUAUUGCAGCCCGAUGGAAGAAUUUGCAUGUACAGGAAAGUCGUGGGUGGAGAUGGUUUGUGGAAUUUUAAGUGCUCAUUUGUAGUAAACCUUUGCUUUGUAGAUUGGAAGGGACAGAGUUUUACAAGCAAGCUCACGAAAUCAUGAUUAGUUACAAACAUUAAGUAAAAUGAAGUUAAAAUAAAUUAUUAUUUUCUAUUUGA